AUGGAGUACAUCUCCAUCAUCAUGAAUGAAGAUGCCUCUCAUGAUUGUCUCGCUGAUCUCGGAAAGCUUGGCGUAAUUCAAUUCACGGAUCUCAAUCCCGAACUGACACCAUUCCAACGUAGAUACGUUUCUUAUGUGAAGCGAUGCGAUGAACUCGAACGCAAGCUUCGAUACUUUGGACAAGAAAUUGAAAAGUUUGAUCUGGAAGUUGCCUCGGCCGGAAACGUAGAUACUUUCUUGGCAUCCCCUCCCACUGUUGGAGGUGAAUCAAAGGGAAGUGGAGCUCAACUUAUUGAGAGCCUGGAAAACGAGCUUGUUUCUUACGAGUCCCAGCUUCGCGAAUUGAACAACUACAGCGAGAAGCUUACAAUUGAAUACAACGAGAAGGUCGAACUUCAGGAAGUUCUGGAGAAGGCCCGCAGGUUCUUCAUGAUUGAUGCUCCAAGACUUGCUGUCUCCGAGUUGACUACUGAGGGACCUGGGGGUAACGAGCAAGGUUUGUUGGAUGCCGGAGGUAUGGAAUCUAGACCUGACUUGGAUAUGCGUUUCUCCUCUAUCACGGGCGUUGUCGCAAGUGAAGAAAAGUCUCGAUUCGAGCGCAUGAUCUUCCGUGCCACACGUGGAAAUUGCUACGUCCGCUUUGCUCCAAUCAAACAACCCAUUACCGACCCGGAAUCUGGUCUAUCAGUUGAGAAGUCUGUUUUCAUCAUCUUUUACAAGUCUGAGAGUAUCGAGGUCAAACUGAAGAAGAUCUGUGAUGCUUUCAGCGCUCACCGUUACAGUCUUCCUGAUAUGGAUGAUGCUUCCUCUGUGGAUCAAAUGCUAACAGAAAACGCACAAGAACUUGUUGAUUCCAGAACAGUUCUGUUGAAGAAUCAAGACACACGCUACCGCCUGUGCCAAAUGCUUGCAAAGCAUAAUGAACGCUGGAUUUGGAUUGUCUUGAAGGAAAAGGCAGUCUACCACUCUCUCAACAUGUUCAAGGCUGAUGUCUCCGGAAUGCUUCGAGGUGAAGGUUGGGUUGUUGCCGAAAACCUUGACGAAGUACGCGAGGCCGUUGAGAAGGCCCAUGCCAAUAUGGACAUGGCCAUGCCAAGUCUUGUGGACCAUGUUCCACAACCCUGGCCAACUCCUCCCACCCACUUUGUUACAAACAAGUUCACAUAUGGGUACCAGGAAUUCGUCAACACCUAUGGUAUUCCUCGUUAUCGAGAAGCCAAUCCCGCUCUUUUCACUGCCGCCACUUUCCCAUUCCUGUUUGGUGUCAUGUACGGUGAUGUCGGGCACGGUCUUUUCCUGCUCAGUGCCGGUCUCUUCCUUCUGUGGAAGGAGAAGGAGCAUGACAACAUGAAGCUUGGAGAAAUGGGUGAAGGUAUGCACGCUGGGCGUUACAUGAUUACAAUGAUGGGAUUCUUUGCUGUUUACGCUGGUUUUGUCUACAACGAUUGUUUCUCGCUCGGUCUGAACUUGUUCGGUACUCGAUGGGAGUUCGAUGGACAAGAUUCUGGUUCAGUAGAGGAAGGCACAAUCGCUUAUACUACUGCCCAAUACGGAUCUUCCGAAUCCGUCUAUCCAUUCGGUCUCGAUCCUAUCUGGCACGUAUCCACGAACGAGCUUUUGUUCUUUAACAGUUUCAAGAUGAAGCUAUCUGUUAUCUUUGGUAUUCUUCAGAUGUUUAUGGGGACCUGUCUCAAGGGCCUGAACGCAAUCUACUUCAAUGAGAAACUGGACUUCUUUUACGAAUUUAUUCCUAUGGUUGUGUUUGCAUCAUCUCUAUUUAUGUACAUGGUCUUCCUUAUCUUUUACAAGUGGACAAUUGACUGGAAUUCGCGAAUGCUUUCCGCAACCUGUCUGGAUCCUAACGGAGACGGAUGGGGAAGCGCCGACUACGCCGGAGAAUGGACUAUUUGUGACCAAUCUGGAAAUGGAUACUGUACUCCAGCCGGAUACAGCUGUGUAGAUGGUGACGACACCGCUGCCAAAUGCCCUCUGGACUUCGGAGGAUCUGGUGAUGGUUGCCAGCCACCAAACUUGAUCACCACUCUGAUCAAUAUUGCCCUGCAACCUGGAACUGUUGAUGAACCCAUGUACUACGGACAAGCUGCUGUCCAAAACGUUCUUUUGCUAGCUGCUUUUGGCUCUGUUCCCAUUUUGCUUCUUGCCAAGCCAUACAUUAUGAGUAAGCAACAUGCGUCGCACAGUCAUGAAGGUGAUGAAGAGGGACACGGAGAUGACGAGGAGGAACAUGGAUUCGGAGAAAUCAUCAUCCACCAAGCUAUCGAAACUAUCGAAUUCGUUCUUGGUAUGGUUUCCAACACGGCAUCAUACCUUCGACUGUGGGCCUUGUCUCUUGCCCACUCUGAAUUGGCCACUGUCUUCUGGGAAAAGGCCAUGUUGUCGACUUUGAACAUGAACUUUUUUGCCACUUACAUUGGUUUCGCUGUUUUCGCUGGAGUCACAAUGGGUGUCCUUUUGAUGAUGGAUGUGCUUGAAUGUUUCCUCCACGCACUCCGUCUUCAUUGGGUUGAGUUCCAAAACAAGUUUUUCAAGGCUGAUGGUGUCCGAUUUGCACCAUAUUCUUUCCAGCAAAUUAUCAAGGAAGCAUCAUAA